AUGGGAGGCGGUCCUAAGGUUCCCUACCCCAAGCACGUUUGGUCGCCGGCAGGUGGCUGGUAUGCCCAGCCCGCGAACUGGAAGCGCAACACCGCCGUCAUCGGCGCCGUCAUGGCUGGCGUCGUCGCCGUCCUCUGGAAGAUUAGCGCCGAGAAGGAGGUGCGCUACGUGAUGCCUCAGGAGGGCCGGUUCUUCCCCAGCAGAUACUGGUCGAAGCAGUUGAUCGAGUACGACAGAGAACAGGCCGCGAGGAAGGCCAAGGAUACGGCGCAGGCGGAGGCAGUUCAGAACUCAUAA